AUGGAAGAAUUACUAUCGCAGCAGCGAUUAGCUAUGCGCUCUGUCACACGCGCAUUGGAAAACUUUAAGAAGAUCGGCCGUGCAAAUCACACGUACGGCAUAGUUCGGAAUCGCCUUCAAACUCUCAAGGAGACUUACGCUCGAUGCGAGCUCCUGCACGCACAACUGCUCAAAGUCGCAACCAAGGAACAAAAGGAUACCGAGAAAUACUUCAAAGAGGAUGUCUACAUCGAAUUGGAGGACGCCUAUCUCGCAGCAUCGGACUACAUCUCCGACGCCCUCGCCUCUCUCGAAGCAGAUCAAGCGCCAUCAAGUCCAGGGUUAUCCGUGAGUCAAUCACAGAAAUCCGAAAAAACUCUUACAUUACCGCGCAUUAAUUUGCCGAAAUUCUCCGGCGAUUUACGGGAAUGGGAAACGUUUCGCGAUCAAUUCCGCUCCAUGAUUAUCGAUCAUGCCGAGUUGUCGAAUGUUACGCGCUUGCAAUACCUUUAUUCAUGUUUAAAGGACGAAGCACGCGACGCGUUGCGUAAUCUCCCUUUGACCGAAGCUAAUUUUAAAAUCGCGUGGAAUGUACUGCUCGCGCGUUACGAUGAUAAACGUCGAUUAGUGUCGGAACAUAUUCAUACGCUUCAUACGCUACCGGCCGUUAAUACCGAUUCCGCGCAGGAUCUUAUGUCGCUUCGAGAUAAAGCUAAUAUGUCAAUUCAAGCGUUAAAAAAUCUCGGUCGUCCAGUUGAGUGGUGGGACGAUUUGCUCGUCUAUCUAGUCGUGCAAAAAUUAAAUAAAGCCACGCGUAAAGCAUGGGAAUUACAUUUAGGCGAUAAAAUGGAAUAUCCGUCGUACACGGAUUUUCAUAACUUUCUCGCAUCGCGAAUUCGAGCGUUCGAGAAUAUUCCAACGACCAGUACGGUCAAAACAAAACCGAGCAAGUCGUCCGUGCAAAGUCACACGACGACCGCUACCGGAGCUCAUUGUCCGCUUUGUAAACAAGAUCAUCUCUUGUCAGUAUGUCCUGAUUUCAAGAAGAAACAGGUUAACGAGCGUCGCGAUCUUAUUGUCAAAUUUAAACGAUGUCUCAACUGUUUAAGCGCUCGACAUUUCGCGAACACAUGUCCGAGUAAACAUAACUGUCGUCAAUGCCAACAAAGGCAUCAUACGAUGCUUCACGAAGCGACGACAUCAAGCGCGACCGAGAAUUCCCUUGAAUCCAACGAAACGAAUACGUCAAAUGAAAACAACGUCGUUUCACAUUUAAUUACGAAAACAACAUUUGACAAAUCUCGUGUUCUAUUAGCUACCGCGCGGAUUCAGGUGUGUUCUUCGUCUGGUCGCACAGAUGUCAUACGCGCAUUGUUAGAUCAAGGAUCUGUCACUAGUUUAAUUAGUGAAAAUCUCGCUCAACGGCUACGGUUAUCGCGAACACGCGUUGCUGUCUCGGUUACCGGAAUCGGUGAAACGCAAUCCGUCGCACGACAUGCUGCUCUUAUUUCGGUAUCAUCUAAGACCGGCAAGGGUCCGUCAUACUCAACGACCGCAAUUAUUAUGCGCUCUCUGACUAAAUACACGCCGCCUAAAAUAGCAUAUCAAAUCUCUCUCGCUCAUUUAAGCGGCCUGCCAUGGGCUGAUCCGCAGCCCUCAAGUGCCGAUCCGAUCGAAAUGAUCAUCGGCGCUGAUCUAUACGGUGCUGUUCUGUUACCGGGCCUGUGCUCAGGUUCCUCUAAUCAGCCAACAGCUCAGAAUUCCAUUUUCGGCUGGAUUAUGUCUGGUCCGAUUUCGACGAGUUCGUCUUCAAACAUGUCUAACGUGACAGUUAAUCAUACCACGUUGCACGACAAUCUCGAUGACGAAAUUCGUCAGUUCUGGGAAGUCGAAGAACUUCCGCAAGUGUCAUACCUCACUCCUGAGGAACAACGUUGUGAGGAACAUUUCCGAGCUACUCAUUCUCGUGACUCGAAUGGACGGUACGUCGUACGGCUACCGUUCAAAGCCAAUCCUCCGAUUGCAAUAGGCGAAUCUCGUCACAUCGCCUCAUCACUUCUUUCACGGCUUGAAGGCCGUCUUCAAAAUACAAGGGAUAUCGCAUCCGAAUGUCGAGAGUUCCUACUGGAAUACGAAAACCUCGGUCAUAUGAAGAAAGUAGACGAACCCGUCUUUGCUUCACAAUCAGUUUACAUUCCGCAUCAUGCGGUGAUUCGCGAGCAUAGCAGUACCACGCGGUUGCGCGUCGUGUUCAAUGCAUCUCAGUCGACAUUGAACGGCUCUUCACUUAACGAUCAUCUCAUGAUCGGUCCUAAGUUACAAACCGACCUUCGUUCGGUAAUUCUUCGAUGGCGACAACAUCGUUAUGUUUUCACUGCCGAUAUCGCAAAAAUGUAUAGGCAGAUUCAAGUCGAUCCGCGAGAUCAAGAUUAUCAGCGCAUCUUAUGGCGCUCUUCAUCAUCCGAAGCGGUGCAAGACUACCGCUUGCUUACUGUUACUUACGGUAUGGCGUGUGCUCCAUACCUCGCUCUUCGCACGAUUCAGCAAUUGACGCAAGACGAAGGCGCUCAAUUUCCUCUUGCUCAAUCAGUUUUACGCAAUCAAAUCUAUGUAGAUGAUUGCAUCUUCGGCGCGGAUGACAAGCCGCUUGCAAGGCAAAUCCGCAAUCAAUUAAUUUAA